AUGGAUAGUCAACUGCAACAAGUGGAGUCUAACGCCCCAGUAAUCAAUAGAGCAUCUAGGCUUUGUAUUGAAUGCGAACACAAUGGCAGCCCAAUUGCCAGGAAAGAAGUUGAGAGAUCUUCGACUCAGCAUACAGCAAGUAUUGAGCAAUCCCAUGGAAUCGUCUCGUAUAAUUCACAGUUUGACUAUGAAGAUAGAAGCAGCCACAUUUGCACUUGUACCAGCUCGUCUGUACGCUCAGCAUUUGAUGAAAAUGAAGAACCAGAGUGUGAACUCAUGGAGAGAUUGGCACAAGAUACAGGUAAUACCAAAGGAAUGCAUCGAGGAGUUACGUUGGUGGAAAAACAAUCUACAUCUACGGAAUGGGAAACGUAUACUAGCACAAACACCACAGCAGACCAUAUACGUAGAUGCCAGCAACACGGGUUGGUGAUGCAACAUGAAACUAAAACAUUAGCAGAGCAGAACCGCAUUCGGACAUUGGACGUACCAGGAAGCCAGUAUGUCAAUCAACUGGUGGGAGUUGAAAGCGGCGUUUCUUGCUUUAAAAACAUUUCCGCAACUGAACAACACGAGGAUUCUGAUAUGAACAGACAAUACAACAUCGGUGGCCAAAUGAACAAGCAAGAGGGUGUUGUAUGCGAGCUGUAA